AUGGCUGCUACCGACGGGCGGCCUGUGUUGAAGCUGAAGGAGUUGACGGCGCUUGCGCGCAACUUCCGUCAAGGAGUGCGUGUGCAGGAUCGGUACAUCAAGAAGGAGUGCUUCCCGCAAGCCUUUGUUGGCUCUGAAGCUGUGACCUUUCUGGUGGAGGAGGCGCUAGCCGAUGACCGCGACGAGGCCGUGCGGCUGGGUCAGUGCCUUGCAGACGCGGGCAUCUUCUUCCACGUCGGUGGUGGGGGUUCGUUUGUGGACGGAACAGAGCUGUAUCAGUUCCAGGAACAUGAUCUAAGGCCGGACGAUGGCGAUGAGGCUGUCCCGCUGGGUGGCGAUGAUGCUAUGUAUUUGGCUUCAAAGUCGGGCUUUCUCCACAAGAAGGGCAAGUCCAAGUUUACCUCGUUCAAGAAGCGAUGGUUUGUCCUUGCCAAUGCCUUUCUCUUCUACUACAAAAAGCGGAACGAUGUCCAUCCACAAGGCGACGUGCCGCUGCUGGGUGCUACGCUCUUGCGAUCCAAGGCCAAGGAUGAGGCCGGGAUGGAGCUGACCACCGCUCACAACUCGCGCACCUUUCAUAUUGUGGCCGAGAACGAAGCCGAGCUUGGCGAGUGGAUGUUUGCCAUUGGCAAGGUCAUGGCCAAACUUGCGCGAUUUGACUCGUCCCCGACGCUUGCGCCGCGCCCGCCGCAUCCGCCGACCGCGCUCUCGAUCUUUGCCCGUGGUAUGGUCGAUAGCUUUGAUGCGACGGCAGUGCUGAAGGCGGUGCGCGGACUGAGUUCUGUGGCCUUUGCUGAGGUUGAUCUGGAGCGGGAGCACCUGCUUGUUCAUCUGUCAUCGCUGUUUGAGCCUGUCGAGCCUAUUUACGAGCUUGAGCGAGAUGACCGCGAGCCCGAGUUUGAGCCCGAGUUUGAGCCCGAGUUUGAGCCCGAGUUUGAGCCCGAGUUUGAGCCCGAGUUUGAGCCCGAGUUUGAGGCUGAGCCUGAGGAUGAGGCGGAGCGGGAGCGGGAGCGGGAGCGCGAGACUGAGGCGUCCGAGCCGGCAUCAGAGCCAGCAUCCGAGCUGUUGGCAGAGCCGCUGGCUGAGCCGCUGGCAGAGCCGUGA